UUUCGACUUCUUCAUUUUGAUUCACAUUCUAUGAGACAAAAAAGAAUGGCUGCCAUUAGCCUAGAUCCAACCCUAAGCCUGCAACGUAUUGGCAAAGACAGUCCUCACCGUCACCGGGCUGUGAUCGAGGAAAUUGAAGGCCUCAUAAGAGUGUACGACGAUGGACAUGUGGAAAGACCCCAGGUUGUUCCAUGUGUCACAAGCACACUGUCUUUGGAGCUUGGGGUGACUUCUCGGGACAUGGUCAUUGACAAGUUCACAAACAUUUGGGCACGUUUUUACGUCCCAGCAGCUGCGUCAUCAUCCCAUGGGAACCUCCCUUUGCUUGUCUAUUUCCAUGGAGGCGGCUUUUGUAUUGGCUCCGCUGCUUGGAGCUGCUACCAUGAGUUUUUAGCAAGAUUAUCAGCAAAAGCCGGUUGCCUGAUCAUGUCGGUAAACUAUCGUCUGGCGCCGGAAAAUCCUCUUCCGGCCGCUUAUGAAGACGGGUUAACGGCUCUUAUUUGGUUGAAACAACAGUCUUUACGUGGGUCGUCUAGUGAUCAAUACUGGUGGUCUAGCCUUUGUAAUUUCUCUAAAAUAUUCCUAGCCGGUGAUAGCGCCGGCGCCAAUAUAGCACACAAUGUGGCCACACGGCUCUGCUCCAACAAUGCAAUGUCUUUGAAGCCUUUAAGUCUAAAGGGUACUAUUUUAAUACAGCCAUUUUUCGGCGGAGAGGCUCGGACACACUCAGAGAAUUAUAUGGUUCAGCCGCCUCGUUCGGCUCUGAGCUUAGCCGCUUCCGAUGCAUAUUGGCGAUUGGCUUUGCCAGCUGGGGCUAAUCGUGACCAUCCAUGGUGCAACCCUUCGUGCAAGGAAUUGAAGGCUGUAAAGCAUUUGCCUGCGAUGGUGUGCAUAUCGGAGAUGGAUAUAUUGAAAGAUAGAAACAUGGAGUUGUGCAGAGCUUUGGGUAAGAGUAGCGAGUACGUGGUGUAUAAAGGUGUAGGCCAUGCAUUUCAGGUACUGAGUAGGACCCAGCUCUCACAAAUCCGAACCCUUGAAAUGGUGGCUGAUAUCAAGGCCUUUAUUACUCGAUGACUCAUCUCUGUCUACAUGUGCUUUUGUUUUCACUUUUGAGGCAAAUAAAUUUCUUUUUCAUUCUCACCACAAUUUCUUGAAAAAUAUGUAAAUUAAGCUUUCUUCCUCUUUUCUUCUCCCCUAAGGAAAAUAAUAUAAGCUAAACUUUAUGUCCUGUAGAUGCCCUUUUGAUUUACGUUUUUGCAGGCUUUGUCAUGUGCAAUGUUGGGUAGUGCAUGUAUUAAAGAUUUGCAUAUUAUUGCUUCUUCUUGUACUAUGUCCCUGUUUUUGAUGUGAUGCAUUAUUGGACACUUGGUUCUGUUAAUAUU